UAUACAGCGUUGCGAAGGAUCAUUCCUCCUCACUUCCCAUCCAAAGACUUGCAAGGAAUUUUCUCUCCUUCUGUUUGCUCUUACUUAGUCUUUUGUUUUUGCAGUCCUAUUUAUUGUAGUUUCCAAAAAUAAUGGCCGAUCUGGAGAUGAAUACUCUGCUCCAGUUUCUACUCAACGUUCACUGUGGAGAAAAAGCAAACCAGGUAUGUGAGUAGUUGUUUCAGUCAGUACCUGCAGCAAUUAAAUAUCACAAUUACAAUAAAAGUGUUAAAGGAGAAUUCACAAUAACAGUGGCAAAAGAGCAAUUGUAUAUUAGUCAAUGGAGAUUCUAACAGCCAUUCUACCAGUGGUUUUGGAACCAACAAUAAGUAAAUUGUUGCGAAAAAUCUCGAAUGCGUCAAAUAGUAUUGAAGCCUACAAAGAUGAUUUGAGAUCCCUGCCCUCUAAAGUGACCCUUCUCAAGUGUCUUGUAACCCAACUAUUAGAUCGCCUCAACAGUUCAACAAGACAACUCCCAGAAAGCCUUGUAGAGCCCGUAAAAGUAUGGUUAGAAAGAUGGAAUGAUGUGAUUGAAGAAGCAGAGUCCACCAUUGCAGAAUGCAAUGUCGACGAUCAGGCCUCUACUUGUUGGAUGCCCAGACGUAAUAACAUUUGAGAAUCAAACAGGCUACGAAGAACAUCAAAAAGAUGCAUGAUGAGCCUCCUACUUUUAUUAUGACUUUGUUUCUCCAUAUGCUCAUUCAAAGCCAGAUUGGGUUCCAACUCCAAGAUGCCCGAAAUGGCUGCCCUCCGUUCAGAACCCAUCUAAUGCCUAGCGUUUUAAGGAUAGUGUAAGAUACUGCUUCCACUGUAAUCUUAAGCACUAGGUUUAAUGGUCAGCUUGGGUGCGGAGAAAUUGAUAUUCAUUCCCCUGACUUUGCUCUGAUGAUUGGUUCUUGCAAUUCAGCCAUUUCGGUCAUCGUAAAUUGUAGCCAGGAUGAGAGCAAUCCUCUGGGUCUUACACACAAUGAGGGUAAUGCACAAGAAAUGACCAUACAAUGUUGUCAAGAGCAAAUAUUAAUCACCACCAAUGUUGAGCGCGUUCUGGAAAUCGAGGCAUUGUCUGAGCAAGAGCGAUGGGAGGUUUUCCAAUUCCCUGUCUUCAAAAACAGUCACCACCAGGGGGAUUUGCUUCUGCACAGAAAUGAAAUGGAAGAUAUCUCGCGAGCCAUAUUUCGAACUAUUGCGGCCAAAUCGUAUCUGAUCGAAGGAGUAGCACAUAUUCUUGCAAAGUUCAACAAUCCAUUCUAUUGGCAGCUUAAAUCAACCCUGUUCAGCUCGCCUCAACAGUUCAACAGUUCAACAGGUCGAAUCUCAGAAACCCUUCUAGAGCCCGCCAAACUAUGGUUAGAAAGAUGGAAUGAUGUGAUCGAAGAUGCAGAAACCACCAUUGCAGAAUGCAAUGACGAUGAUCAGGGUUCUACCUGUUGCAUGCCCAGACGGAAUAACAUGAGGAGAAUCAAACAGGCUAUGAAGAACAUCAAAGAGAUGCAUAAUGAAACCCCAACAUUUAUCAUGACUUUCUUUCUCCAUAUACUCACUCAAAGUCAGAGCCAGAUUGGGUUCCAAGAUGCAAGAAAUGGAGCCCCCCAAUUUAUAACCCAAAUGGCAGUGACCCAUCCAAUGCCUAAUGUUUUAAAGAGACUGCAAGAUACUGCUUCCACUGUAACCAUAAGUACUGAGUUUAAUGGUCAGUUAUUGUGCGGAGAAAUUGAUACUCAUUCCCCUGACUUUGCCCUGACAAUGGGUUCUUGCAAUCCUCCCAUUUCAGUGAUUGUGAACUGUAGCGAGGAUGAGGGCAAUCCUCUGGCUCUUACAAACAAUGUGGGUAAUGCACAAGAAAUGACCAUAAAAUGUUGUGAACAGCAAAUAUUAAUCACCACCAAUGUUGAUCGCGUUCUGGAAAUUGAGGCAUUGUCUGAGCAAGAGCGAUGGGAGGUUUUCCAAUUCCAUGUCUUCAAAAACAGUCACCACCAGGGGGAUUUGCUUCUGCACAGAAAUGACAUGGAAGAUAUCUCGCGAGCCAUAUUUCGACCUAUUGCGGCCAAAUCGUAUCUGAUCGAAGGAGUAGCACAUAUUCUUGCAAAGUUCAUCAAUCCAUUCUAUUGUGCAGGUUUUGAAAGCCAACGGUACGUAAGUAUGGCAUUCCCAAUCUGGGUUUCUGCAAGGCAUGGCAGACUUCGUUUUAGCAGGGCAAAAAACAUUCGCAAUUCUGAGCGACCUUAAAGCAUUGAUAAACUUGAAUCGCCUGCAUCUUGACAGUGAAGAAGAUUCAUUGAUUUCAGAUGGGGUUAUGGUCAAUAUGAGUAACGUGCAGACUCUCUGGUUAAGAAUGACAAAACUAGAGCGUCUCCCUGAAGACAUGACGGCGAUGACAGAGUUGAGUGAACUUCAGCUAUGGAAGUGCAUGAAAUUGCAGGAACUUCCGAGUUGGGUUUGUGAUUUCCUGGAGCUACGGUUUCUUUGGUUGAACCGCUGUUACAGCUUGAGGAACCUACCUUGUCUAGAAACACUACCAUUGUUGCGGGUUCUGGAAAUUGCAUAUUCUGAGACGUUAGUGAAUUGCCUUCUGAAUUUGGAAGAGACGGUGCGUUUCCUGCAUUGCACUGGUUUACGCUGAGGGGUUUGAAGAUAAGGUCCCUUCGAAUCGGUAAAGGGGGAAUGCCCAAGCUCACGCAUAUGACUCUGCAGGACUGUAAGAACGUAGAGCGCUUGCCACAAGAGAUUGAGUAUAUGAAGAAUCUGCAGACAUUGGACAUUACGGGAUCAGAAUUGCUCAUUCAGAGUAUAGCACGUUCAAAUCUCUCGGCUCCUUAUUCUCGUGUUCGAAUAUUCACGAUCCACUAAAGAUCGACAAAAGAAUGGAUGUUGAUUGGUUUUGCAUCAUGGACGAAGCAGUUCAACACCCAUGUAGUGGAAAAUGUUCCUACAAAGAUCUUUCAUGGAAGAAGUACGUCCUUAAAGGCUCAACAUUAUUUUCAGCUUGGAUUGAGGCUCAUAGACUAGAAGAUUUUAUCGAGGGAGAAAGUUCAAGGGACUCAUGCCCAACUUGCUUUCACAUAAGUCAUUCGAGGAAACUCCCUCUUUGUUCUGAUACAAAAAAUAGGAUUAAUAGUUAUUUGGAAUACAUGUAAGAGUAAUAUGCUAACUAAAAAAUUUUAUACUUGCAAUUGUGAAGUGAAAGAGUGUCCAUAAUCAUUUUUUAACUAUAAGUAUUAACAAUAUGAAGUUGUUUAUGAUUUCCACAAGUAUUGAUGCACAUAUGGACCAAAGGACUACAAGGAAAAAGAUGCAACACCUUUUGAUCCUUCAUCAGUUCCCAAAUCAGGGAAAGGUAGUAGACCUGGUCACAAACAUACAUAAUGUGGUUGUACUUGUCAUUUUAGCACAUGAAUCAUGGUUCAUAAGCCAAACCAUGUGUUGAUAUGGUACCACUAGUUUCAACAUGUUAACAAGGAAGGCAUACCUUGUCAUGAUCAAAUGAACAAUGAGUUUUGGGGAAUGAGGUCCUUCUUUGCACCAUAUAUAAGUAAGCAAUUGCAUCAAUGGGUGGAGUCAUUGUUAUUGCUCGGCAUGCCCGCAUAUGUAGUGCAUAAAAAAUAUAAGCAAAUGGUGCAUGAGAAGAUGCCUAUAUUUGAGGGUCAAUCUUCUAGGGACGAUUUUCUUACAAUGGAUGAUAUUGCAAACAUUGAUCGCAAAAUUAAGACAUUAAGAUGCAUGUUCCAUAGUAGUGAUUCUCUUUCAGUGCAACAAUGGGUUCCAGCAAACACUGACAAGUGGUUUGCAUAUCAGGAGUAUAGUGCCAUUGUUGAUGGAGAUGGAGAAGUCCCAUUUGUACUAGGGAUUCAAUUGCCAGAGCAGCCACCACAACAUAUUGGCCAUGGAUUCUACAUUUGGUACGAAUGCCAUGAAGGUAUGUUGUGUAUUCGUUGGUAGAGUUCAAUUAAAAAUAUUUUUACUUAAAAUAAUAUAUAGUAUUGAUACAUCAUACCCUAUGUCUUAUGAUAGUUUCAAUUGUAUGCAAUGAUUGCAUUCGACUCGAAGCAUAUGGGGGCGCCAGUGGCAUGGGUCAUUAUGUCUAGGUCUUGUGCACAUGAUAUUGCAUAUUGGAUGUGCAUUCUUCUCCAAUGGCUUCACAUGAAGAAUAUUGAUUGGAAACUAAAUGCAUUCAUGGUGGAUGAUGUAGGUGUUGAAAUCAAAGCUAUCGGGUACUUUUUAUUUGUCAUUCAACCCUUUUAAGUUUUGUAAAUAUUUUAACACAUCCCCUAAAAUAAAAUACUAAGUAAAAUUAUUCAUGAUGCAAAGAAGUGUUUCAGUGUGAUGUAUAUCUAUGCUCUUGUCAUGUUAGACGAGCAUGGCUGAAGAACUUGGUUGCAAAGGUCAAAGAUAAUGCAAUUAGAUGAGAGAUGUUUGACAGACUUGGAUUUAUUAUGCAUCAUUCAGUAGAUGAGGAUUUUGCAAGGAAUGCAAUUCACAUGUUUAUUGAAGACUUUAAAGAUACACAACCCUCAUUCAUUGAAUAUUUUAAGGGACGAUGAUCUAAUAGAUUGAGUAUGUGGGCUAGAUGUUUCCAUACACUAAAGCAUGCAAGAUAGGAGACAAAUGGUGCCAUAGAGUCCUACCAUUCACUCCUAAAGAGACGAUUCUUUCGAGCGUGCGACAAAUCGUCAUGUUGAUUGGUUGAUACAUCAGCUAACAACACAUGUUUAUGUCUAUUAUUGGUGGGUGCAAGUUAGCAAGAAACAUGAUUUUUAUAGGAACUUUGAUAUUGGGUUCGGGCCUUGAAAAUUCCAGAUGACCAUGUUACAUUCAAUGACACUAAUGAUCACAUAGCAUGGGUGACAAGUGAAAACAAUCCUAAUUUUUGAUAUGAGGUGUAUAGCUCCUCACCUGAUCUAUCUAUGUGUUCGUGCAACUUUUCAAUACAAGGAUACAUGCGCAAGCAUGUGAUGAAGGUGAACUUGAUGAGGGAGAGACAAAGACAACAUCUAUCCAACAACUUGAAUGUAGACCUUGAUAAUCUUGCUACUACAAUUGAUUCUAUAGAAGAAGGAUUCCCCAACAAUGUCUCUGAUCAUUUGGUACUUGACAAACAUUAUUUUUUAAUUUUAUUGCUAUACCAUUCUUUGCAAACUAUGUGUUUAAAUGGUUUGAAUGUGCUGCAAUGUCAAUGUAGGUAAUCAAUUAUUCUGAUGGGAUUAUAGAUAAUGAAAAUAGUCAACUCUUGGAGGAUUAUUCUAUGCAUGCACAGACCAUUGACAAUAGAGAUGAACAUGCAAUGAAGGAAAUGAAAUUGCACGUAACACACAAGUUGCACAACUUGCAGGGAAUUUUGACUCAUGCAACUGAUUUGGCAACAUUUACUUUCAUUGAUAAGCAUUUAGAGGACUUGUCAAACAAGGUCAAGAGCAAACACAUCUCAUCCCAACUUGGAUUAGACCAUCCAAGUGCACAUCCAUUUCACCCUGUACAAGAUGGAUUUGGUCAUACUGUUCGUCGGCAAAGAGACUUGAUUGAGUGCAUGAAUAUGAGGAGAAGGCCAAGUAUCUCCAAUAGAACACUUAUGUUUCCACCAAUGCCAUGAAAUCGCAAGCGUCAAAAUUGGUUUGAUGAACUUGAUAAGGAAGAUGAAUGCGAAAAGGACCAAAUUUUGUACGAUGAAGAUAAUUUUGAGAUGGCUGAUAACACAGUUUGAAAUUGUCCAAGAUGCUAUUGCAAUCACACGAAGUUUACUUGAUAAAAAAUAAGAGAGUGUCAUCACAUUUUUUUGGUACUAUAAGCAGUUUUAAGACAUUGAAUGCUAUAAUGUGAUUUUGGAUGUAAGAACAUAAUUGGAAUGUUGUUCUAAGCUUCUAGAUGCCUGGCUCAGUAUGUGCAGCCCCUUGUGAACAUACAUGAUUUGGUACUACAUGAUAAAAUAUAGGAGAGUGUCAUCACAUUUUUUUGGUACUACAAGCAGUUUUAAGACAUUGAAUGCUAUAAUGUGAUUUUGGAUGUAAGAACAUAAUUGGAAUGUUGUUCUAAGCUUCUAGAUGCCUGGCUCAGUAUGUGCAGCCCUUUGUGAACAUACAUGAUUUG